GUAAAUAACUAAUAAGUAGAGUAUUAUAAAUUACUUAUUAGUUAUUAGCAAAGAAAGUUGUAUAUUCAAAUAAUCUAUAUUGGUUUUCAGUUUUUAAACAAUAUUUUGUGUAUUUAUCUAUGACAAUAUGGAUAUUAAACCAGGUAGUCCUUACGAUAUAAAUGGAGCGUGUUUUAAUGCUGAUAUUUAUGUCAAAAAAGUACUGAAGGAAUCUAAUUUGAAACAAGUGAUGGACCAUGAAAGAGAAAUACAUCAGGAUAUUCAAUCAUUACAUUCUGACAUGCAAACAUUAGUUUAUGAAAAUUAUAAUAAAUUUAUAAUAGCAACUAAUACAAUUGGAAAGAUGAAAAAUGACUUUAAAAAUUUGGAAGGAGACAUGGAAAUUCUUUUGUCUAAGAUGGAUGAAAUAACAAAAUCAUCAGAAACUAUUACAUCAUCAUUGCAUGCCAAUAGAGAUGAAAUAAGUAAGCUCUCCGAAACUCACAAGCUGUUAAAACGUUUUCAGUUUGUUUAUACUCUUCCAACUACACUGAAGAAACUAUUAGAAAACGGAGAUUAUGCACAAGUAGUUCAAGAAUAUUUACAUGCUUUACGAGUCUUAACUCAGUAUGGGAACCAAGAAUCACUUAAGGGUAUACUUAAAGACUGCAAUGACAUUGUUAAAGAUCUAAUGAAAAUUUUAUAUAGUCAUUUGAGAGACAAAGAUUUAUCUGGAAAAGAAUUAGCAAAAUCUGUGGACUUAUUACUUCAACUUAAUGAACCAGUUCAAACAUUAAGCAAAGAAUUUUUGUUACAUUCAAAAACUAGACUUUUCGAAUAUCUGGAUAUAUUACAACUGCAAGUGGAAAAUUUGAAUCAAGAUAUGAUUCAAUUUAUUGAUUUAGGAAGUGAUACAUUUCUUAGUCAAUUGUGUUUAGUAAUAGCAUCAUUUAAGGAAAUGUUUAUAGACAAUUUAUCAAAAAACGAUGAUAAUGAAGAAGCUGAUAUAACUAUAAAUCAACUGAACAUAUUUGUUGAUGACAAUAUGACACGUUAUUUAGAAAUAAUACAGCAGUAUAUUGAUAAAAACACUAGCGAUACAGCUAUUUUAGUCAGAGCUUUAGACAGAUUUUAUAAAAAAUUGCAAGCUAUUGGAAAAUUAUUUUCAUAUAAAGAUUACACGUGUAAUGCUAUGGAGAUCAUUUCUUCUGCUGCACGUCGACAAUGUAAAUUACAUUUGGCAAUGCUAAAGGCAAAUUUUAAUGAUAAACUAGCGACAGUCCGACAGUCCUUAGCUUCAUUACAAAAGUCAAAUAUUGGUGUGAAUAGUACAGAUUCUUUAGCUUCACUAACGUCAGAUGUUAUAGAAAAAGUCAAAGGAAUUCUAAAAGACAUUUCUGCAUUUUUAGAACCUGAAGUGUCCUUUUCAUCAAAACAUGUUCUUCGUCAGUCUAUCAGUGUAGAUAAUGUGCGGGAAGGUAUCAUUGUUGGAUUUUUACAUUAUUUAUCUUCUACAGCUCGUUCCUAUACUCUUUGCACACCUUGUCCACCUCCUUUUCUUUUUUUAUUACUUACAAAAAUGUGUUUGGAGUAUCAGACGUCUGGAAUUAGUGGUUUGUUGCAUCUAGUUGAUGAAAAUUAUGAGAUCAAUAAAUACUUUAAUAGCAAAAAUAAUAAUGCUAUACAACUUAGUUCUGAAGCUGAGCUUGCUCAAGGUAUGCAUAACGUUGCCCAAGACCUUGUUAAUUAUUAUGUUCGUGUCGAAGGAUUAUCCAUUUCACAAAUGUUAAAAAAAUCAGUAGAAACAAGAGAUUGGCUUCAUAGUUUUGAGCCAAGAACAGUACGAGCUGUUAUGAAAAGAGUUGUGGAAGAAAUUACAGCUGUCGAUAGCCAAGUUGGCGAAUUAUUUGAAGAAGGAACUCGAACCGAUAGAAGUAGUGAUUCUAGUCGUAGGACCCAAAUGUCUAGGCAUAUCAGAGCAUGGUCAUCUGGUGGCACAGCUACAAAUACACAGACGUUUUCUGCUAUCAAUCGUCUCUUCUCGGAGCGUAUUGAUAUAUUUUCCCCAGUUCAAUUUUCUAGAGUUUCAAUCACUACUGGAAUCAUUAAAAUAAGUCUGAAGACUCUUUUGGAAUGUGUUCGCCUAAGAACCUUUAACAGAUUUGGUCUGCAACAAAUGCAAGUCGAUAUUCACUAUUUGCAACUAUAUUUAUGGCGAUUUGUAUCGGAUGAAAACUUGGUGCAUUUAUUAUUGGAUGAAAUACUUAGCAGUUCAGUUCAUAGAUGCUUAAGCCCAGCGUUAAUGGAACCUAGUGUAAUAGAAAUUAUAUGCGAAAAAGGGUAAAGUUUUGGAGAAAAUUCACACUUUACUCUAAUAAAAAACAAUACCUUCUAGAACAAAUAGAUUUGAUUUGUUCUGGAGAGAAUUACUGAGUAAAAAAAAAUUGUUUUAAAAUUAAUUUAUUUUUUUAAUGUAUGAAAUUUAAUGUAUAUAAUUCUGAAAACCU